UGAUUUCGAAUAGGGUCGACAAAUUUACUCUCAUGCGAGGAAAAGACAUCAAGAUAUGCUUCCACCACACUCUGCAUGUUGCCAAUGAUGCCCAAUGUGUAGUAACGGGUCAUUGAAUUCAUCUUUACGUUAAUUUCUCUCUUUUUUAAGGAUUUUAAGAUGAUCAAUCAAAUAAGGAAAAUUACGAAACUACCCCCUGGUAUUUAAACAGAGUUACAAGUAUAUCCUCCAAACCCUUUCUUUCCCUGUUACGCAUCGUAUUCUUCUUUCUUCGUUCUUCGUUCUUCGUUCUUGUCAGUUUGUUUGAAAGUAGGGUUAACUGACUGACUUCAUCCUCAUCACUUCUUUGUGAGCAACAUCCCUUGGUGAGUGAGAGAGAGAGAGAAAUGGAACCAUCCCAAACAACCAAUGAACAACAAGAGGAGGAGCAACUGGUUACUCCAUGGGAAGUUUCUGCUAGAGACGGAGGCAAAAUUGAUUACGACAAACUCAUUGACCGUUUUGGUUGCCAAAGAAUCGAUCAAUCUCUUGUUCAACGUGUCGAACGCCUCACUUCUCAUCCCGCUCACGUCUUCCUCCGUCGCAAUGUUUUCUUCGCUCAUCGUGAUUUUGCUGAGGUUUUGGAUGCAUAUGAGAAAGGAGAGAAAUUUUAUUUGUAUACAGGACGUGGACCUUCCUCUGAAGCUUUGCAUUUGGGUCAUUUGAUUCCAUUCAUGUUCACCAAGUAUUUGCAAGAUGCUUUUAAGGUUCCUCUGGUUAUACAGCUCACUGAUGAUGAGAAGUUCUUGUGGAAAAAUCUUACUAUAGAGGAGUGCCAAAGACUUGCGAGGGAGAAUGCAAAGGAUAUCAUUGCUUGUGGUUUUGACAUAUCAAAGACAUUCAUCUUCAAUGAUUUCGAUUAUGUUGGCGGUGCCUUCUACAGGAACAUGGUACAGGUUGCAAAGCGUGUCACUUAUAACCAGGCUGUUGGCAUUUUUGGGUUCACUGGGGAAGAUCAUAUUGGAAAAGUUAGUUUUCCACCUGUGCAGGCAGUUCCAUCAUUUCCUAGUUCUUUUCCUCAUCUAUUCAAAGGCAAAGAGAAUCUCCGUUGUUUAAUUCCUUGUGCAAUUGACCAGGAUCCUUAUUUUAGAAUGACACGAGAUGUUGCUCCUCGAAUUGGUUACCACAAGCCUGCUUUGAUUGAAUCUUUAUUCUUCCCUGCAUUACAGGGGGAAACAGGAAAAAUGUCUGCCAGUGAUCCCAAUUCUGCAAUAUACGUGACUGAUUCUGCGAAAGAUAUAAAGAAUAAGGUAAACAGAUAUGCAUUUUCCGGCGGGCAAGAUUCUAUAGAGAAACAUAGACAAUUAGGGGCAAAUCUCGAGGUAGAUAUACCUAUCAAAUACCUUUCUUUUUUCCUGGAAGAUGAUGCUGAACUUGAACACAUAAAGAAGGAGUAUGGAGCAGGACACAUGCUAACCGGUGAGGUGAAGCAGCGCCUAGUUCAAGUUUUGACUGAACUAGUGGAGAGACAUCGGACAGCUCGAGCUAAUGUGACUGAAGAGAUAGUGGAUGCAUUCAUGGCUGUCAGACCACUUCCCCACAUGUUUGACUGAAGAAGUUACCUUAAUCAACCCUUAUUGGCUCAAAUAUUGCUUCGAAAUCAAAUGGAUAACUGGAAUUCAUUUGUUGAACUUCAAAUUGAUUUUUCUGUUAACAUUUCUGUAUUAAGAUUUUGUGAUAGACAUAUCAAUAUUAGUUCAAAUGACAACUUCAGGUUCAGUUUUUCCUUUUGUAAGGUUUUGAGUGAUACUUAUAAAUGAUUCCAUUUUAGGACUGAUUCCUAAAAUCUAAA